AUGCGGAUCUCCGCUCGCCCUCCCCCGCGCCUCAACGUGUUCCGCCUGUCGGUCGCUCUCAUCGCCGCGACCUGCCUCGUCGCCCUCCAAGCGCGCGCGCAGACGUAUCGCGUGAGCUCCAAUCCCGCGCUGGCGGAGCUGAAGCUGGCGCACCUCAACCGCUUCUUCCGCAGCCUCACCGUGGCUUAUAACGAAUCGGAAGAAUGGUGGGAGCCGGACCUCUCGGUCGACUGGCGAUGGGACGACCGGCUCAAACCCGUGCUUCCGCUGCGCACGGAGGGGGCCUGCAAGGCCUCGUGGGCGAUAACGGCAGUGACAGCAGUGGAGAUGGCGUACGCGAUAAUAGCUCCCUCGUAUCCCAAUCUGCCAUGCGCGGCGCGCGUGUCGGUGCAGCAGGUGCUGGACUGCGAGCCCAGCAACAGCAGCUGCAGCGGUGGCGGGUGGCCCACGUCAGCAUUAGACUUCAUGGUGGACGCGACUCAGGCUAACGGAGGGCUCGCCACGGAAGCUGCAUACCCGUAUACACAAAAGCAAGGCACUUGCAACGCGACCAAGUCAAAGGAGCUGCUACGCAAGAGCGUGCCCAAGGCCAUUGGGGUGAUAGGGUACGACCAGGUGGACUUCUUUGGGUGGCUGGGACUCACACUCGCCGUGCAGACACAGCCCACGAUUGCGUUUGUGAGGGGCAGCCAUCCCACCUUCCUGUCCUACCGUAAGGGAACCUAUGAAGACCGGGCAUGUGCGGGAGGAGUGGUGGAUCACAGUGUGGUGGUGGUGGGGUAUGAGAUGGACAACUACGACACUCUGCCCUACUGGAUCAUCCGCAACUCGUGGGGCGCCAGCUGGGGCGAGAAGGGCUACAUGCGCAUGGCCAUGAUAGGAGGCAUUGGCAUCUGUGGCAUUCACUCUGUGCCGGCCAUCUACCCCGUUAUUAAGACACCCUCGCCCUGCAACGACGAGAUUAACCCGUGUGGAUGGGGGGACUGUGCAGCCAACACAGACCCCUCUGGACCGCCCUACGUCUGUUCCUGUGCGGAUGGCUUUGUCCCUGUCACCAACAGCGAUGGCACCCCAACCUGCGCUCUGGAUGACGUGUGCUCGUGGUUUGAGGGCGGCAACCCCUGUGGAGUGGGCUCGUGUCUGAGUGACAGUGAGGGUGGCUACCUCUGCCUCUGCCCGCCCGGCUUCAAGCGAGGCCUCCGUGCCGGGGGCACUGAGCUCUGCGUACCCACUGCCGAUCGUCCCUCCACCAUCUCGUACCCCAUGGACGUCGACUGCGAGCUCGUGUAUCAGAUCUACGGGCUGGACGAGGACCAGUUCCUCGCUCAGAACCCCGACCUGGAGAACAGUGAGGGAUGGUGCGACACAAUCUGGGCCAACACAGUCGUCAACGUCACCUUGCCGCCCUCUGCUGUCAUCUGCGGCCUCUUCUACUCCUGGUCCACUAAUGACACGUGUGCAGCGGUGGCAGACGGAUUUGACCUGACAGUAGCAGACUUUGAAGCACUGAACCCGGGCGUGUGCUGCUCUGGGAAGAAGAAGAAGCUCCCUGCAGUGAACCAGCAAGUGUGCGUGCAAGAAGGGGAUGGAGCAGACUUCCCCAUGUGCACGCAGUUCUACACGGUUCAGCCGGGCAACAGCUGUGACUCCAUAAUGGCGCGCUUCAAGCUCUCCCAGCUCUCCUUCUACGCACUCAACCCUGGCCUCAGCUGCGCCGCGCUCUUCCCCUACCUCAGCGGCCCCGACGAGGAUGGCGGCGACCAGCAGGGGGGGGACACGCUCAGCGGCACUCAGGUGUGCAUCUCAGGCUUCGCAGUCAACGGCACAAGCCCUGCUCCCGCUCAGCGCUCUCUGUCAUCACUAAAAAGGGAACCCCAGCCACGCUGCCCGGCAAUUCCCCUUUCCUCCGCUCGACUCCCUGUUCGAGCCGCGGGAGGCCCCUUCAAGCCUCCCGAUUCUUCUGUCUAG